CCCUUCGCUACGUUGCCGCGCGCGCGACGUCGGGCCCGGCCAUGUGCCUCGCGAGGAGGGAUAAGUCGCUCGUCGCGGCUCGCUGGCACCUAGUAGUGUUUUUUCCGCUCCACUUGGCUCGGGUUACGGUUCUCGCGGCUGAUAUCUCUCGCGUCGGCGCCUGCAGGACUGCGGCUGGCGCGAGAGCGCCGCGAACACACGGCGCCGCGGCGUUUGGCGCCGCUGCCGCGCAGAAAGCUGGCGGCUGUCUGGACCGUUGCUGCCCGCGGACUCCUUCCAAGGGACGCGCUCUCGUGAACUGCACCCCUCUUCCAAAUCGCCCCCCCCCCCUCCGCCCCCUCGAAGAAGUGGACAAACCCCCCCACGACACCAAUCGUGUGUGCGCCGUUUCUCCUUGACACCCGGAAAAAAACCGACCGACCCACAGCGCGGAAAGUUUCCCGUGUUUUUUAAAGCGGCUCCCGGGUCUCGUUCGUCUUCGGCCCUCCGUCCCUUCCCCCCUUCUCCAUUCAUAAUAAUCUCCCACUCCCGCCUUUUGUACAUACCAGACCUGUAAUCCGACACCAGGCGCCGAAGACCUUUCGUGCCCCAAUUUCCAAUAACCUUGCGACCUGUUGCCUAUUCCUUUAGGAUUGCGCAGCGAAACCCUUUACGUCUUACCCCGUCUCAAGAAGUGGACAUUCCUCGAAGAUCAAGAAGGGGGUGCGCGUACUUGCCCUAGUACUACCGCGUACACGAGGGAAAGAAAAAAAGUGCUGAGUGGGCAAGGCUGUAAUCGCGGGUGGCUUUCUUUGAAGCCGGACUAUGAAUAGCGACAGUGGACUUCCAUGGCAUCUUGUUCUCGCUGCGUCCUGACGUGCUGGCGAGCAAGUCACUGACACCGUUUGCUGGUGAGUCAAAAACACCAGCGGUGCGACACCUGUCUCGAGGCGUUGAAUGCGCGGACGUCUCGUCAUCUGCCCGACCAUGCUACUGCGUCUGCUGAGCGCCGCCUGCCUGUUGGCGGCCGCGGCUGUGGCCAGUCCGCGACCGCCCGAGGAGGACGCCUUUCGGUCCAACGCCAUCGAGGUGGACCACAAGUCCGCCUCGCUCGCCAAGAAGAACGAUGUCGGCGGGUCCUCGUCGGCGGCGAUGUCGUCCCAGUCGUGCUCCCUGGACGCCACCCUGGCGUCCAUGACCAUGGGCGACUUGGAGAGGCUCAUCGAGCGCUUCGCCAAGCUUCAGGGCAUGACCGUGUCCGGAGUCGUCAAGCAGCUCUACUCGGCGCUGUACUCGUCCAUCAAGCGGAAGGUCGCCAGCGAAGAGGGCCUGUCGCCGAUGGCGCUGGAGGCGAUCCAGGAGCUGUGCCUAGGGGGCGCUGGUCCCGCCUACCAGCUGGUGCCCCCGCACGGCCCCAUCUUCUCGGGCCUCAGCAGCGCCUUCAUGCCGAACACGGAGUUCGCGCCCCUGCCGCCCAUUAGGAAUCUGCGACCGCCGCCCGGCGCUAAGCUGGUGGUGCAGACCGACGGCGAAGACCUCGGCGCGAGCAUCACCGUCUCCCCCAAGAUGUCGCUGGUGGAGGCGCUGAGACGCGCCGACUACAAGCUGGCCGAGGACACCGGCCGAGGAAGCGGCGUCCUUCACCUGGGCUUCUCGGCCACGCGUGCGUGCUACAUCGUCGAGUCCGUUGCGGGGCUCAGGGCAUCGCCCGAGCGCGCCUGGAAGAUCACCAUCUCGGACCGCUUCGGAAAGUUGGUGUACGAAGACAUCUGCCUGCCGUCGACAGACGACUUGGUGGUUCAGCCGAGGAUGACGAUCAUCCUGACCUACGUCGAAGCCAAGCGGAAAACGCAAUGAACCCGCUUCGCAACGCACUGCCUGUGGGCUGCUAGCCCUCCUGCACGGGGGAUCUUCGCCACAUCCCCCAUUACACUCCCUGUUAACUUAUUUCCUGUCUCCAGCCUCGCUCUCUGCUUCCUACUCCAACUACCUCCCGUCAGAAAAAAAGAUGGCGCUGUCUGCCUGUCUGUUCUUUUCGGCCAGCCAACGGGCGGGGGCGGGACGCCAACGCAGUACUCGUGGUCACAGUUGCUCUUCCCCUGACCGUACGUCAUUGCGACGGUCGACCAUCAUAGACCUCACGUUAAAAUCCGCAUCGUUUAGGAAGCUGCUGAAUGAGAUGCAGCAAGAAGCAAUGAUGAGAAAGUGAACAUCAAAGGAGGUUCUUCGACAUCCACUACCAGGAACGUGCAUCUGUCCGUGAGAGUAGACGAUCUUGCUCGUCACGCUAUCGAAGGCUUAUCUCGCGAACCAGCGACCGUAUCUGCGAGGGAUCGAUAUGGAAGAACGUUACCCUUAGAAUACCGGACCGCUCGUCGAGGAAGCACGACUGCGAGCCCACGUCAAGCAGUAUCUUGUUAGAAUUGCACUGACUGCAGAUUUAACCCCUUCAAAGAUAAGACAGGUGUAGAAAUAGAGGAAAGUUGACAUAGCUACCUUGCUUGUGGGGAAAGGCAGAGGCAAAGUUGAGAGAAAGAAAGGAGAGAAGCACAGAGAAGUUAAAACGAGAGCACAAUGCAAGGGUAGCACGAAGCGUUCUCAAAGCAUAUCAUACUGUGGUCCUCGGUCCUCGGAAUCCGAAGCACCGCAUUUACAGCUUUUUGUGUAGACAGCCAGCCGCUGUCUGAACUGAAGGGCUCAGGGUCAGUGCUCUCAAGACGGACUCCUUGAAUGCCAAGUGUGUUUCAAUGGGAUGGGAUAGGCGGGUUGAGGUAAGGUCAUGCUUCUGCAAAUGUCAGUCAGUUCGAAGGUGUCCUUGUAAACAUCACCUAGCUUCCCAUGAAAGUGGGAUCAAGAGAGAUGCGUAGGCUGGAGAUUAAGCCGCAGUCUAGCUCUGAGGUUGGAACAGUGACCACGCUGCUGCAAGUCCCUCUCGUUGGCUGGCUCCCGAGUCGGUUCUGUACAAACUUUUUGACGACUCCCUUAGUCGAGUCGUUGAAGCGUGUAUUCAUUAUAGGUUGUGACGUCAAGCUAGGCACGUUAGCCCAGCAGUCGAAGCAACUGUGCCGACAGCAAGCACUGUACCGGGCAGCAGCACCGGAGAUUGCGAAAGUGAACCCAAUAAAGGAAAAAAAAAAGAGCGAGAAAGAAAGAGUGGUAAAUG